GGCGAGGAUGCAGCCAUGACGUCACGGCCCCGCCCCGCGGGGUGAUGCUGCAGGAGCAGUGGCGGGCCGGGGGCGGCCGGGCCGGGACCCGAGCUGCGACCGGGGCAGGCAGGACCCCGGCCUCGGAAAGGGAUGCCUCCUGGCUGGACCCACAGGAGCACCCACCGGCUCCCCCUACGAUGACCUCCCCGGUGAGCAGCGCCCCUCCGGGAGAGGCCCUCUUCCCCUCCUUGACCCCUCAGGACCUCUGGAGGCCCCCGAUCGCCGGCUACUCGGGGUCCAUGACCCGGCACAUCAGCCACCGGGCCAACAACUUCAAACGGCACCCCAAGAGGAGGAAGUGCAUCCGGCCGUCGCCGCCCCCGCCCCCUAACACCCCGUGUCCAGUCGAGCUGGUGGGCUUCGGGGACCUGCACCCCCAGAGGUCCUUCCGGGAGCUGCUCUUCAACGGCUGCGUCCUCUUCGGCAUCGAGUUCAGCUACGCCAUGGAGACGGCGUACGUGACCCCGGUGCUCCUGCAGAUGGGCCUCCCCGACCAGCUCUACAGCCUCGUGUGGUUCGUCAGCCCCAUCCUCGGAUUCCUACUGCAGCCACUGUUGGGCGCUUGGAGUGACCGAUGUACCUCAAGGUUUGGAAGGAGACGCCCUUUCAUUCUUGUCCUGGCUAUAGGCGCAUUGCUGGGCCUCUCACUCUUGCUGAACGGCAGGGACAUCGGGACGGCGCUGGCUGACACGGCCCACGACCACAAGUGGGGCAUCCUCCUCACGGUGUGCGGCGUGGCGCUGAUGGACUUCAGCGCGGACUCGGCCGAUAGCCCCAGCCAUGCGUACAUGAUGGACGUGUGCAGCCCCGCCGAUCAGGACCGCGGCCUGAACAUCCAUGCCCUCCUGGCAGGUCUCGGAGGAGGGUUCGGGUAUGUGGUCGGGGGGAUCCACUGGGAUAAAACCGGCUUCGGGAGAGCCCUGGGCGGGCAGCUGCGGGUCAUCUAUAUCUUCACGGCCGCCGUCCUGAGCAUCUCCACCGUCCUGACCCUGGUCAGCAUCCCCGAGAGACCCCUGCGGCCCCCGGCCGAGAAGAGGCCGGCCAUGAAGAGCCCCAGCCUCCCGCUGCCUCCCUCCCCUCCUGUCCUGGGUGAGGAGGGCGCCGGCCAGACAGUCCCUUGCCCGCCGGCCAGCAGCCUCCACACCAACUUCUCCAGCCCCAUCUCACCGCUGAGCCCCCUCACGCCCAAGUACGGCAGCUUCAUCAGCAGGGACAGUUCCCUGACGGGCAUCAACGAGUUCGCCUCGUCCUUCGCCACGUCCAACAUAGACAGCGUGCUCAUCGACUGCUUCACGGGUGGCCACGACAGCCACCUGGCCAUCCCCGGCAGCGCCCCAAGGCAGGCAAUCAGUGUCAGCUUCCCCCGGGCCCCCGACGGCUUCUACUACCGGGACCGCGGCCUCGGGGACCGGAGGGACGUCGCCCUGGCCACCGGCCCCGACGGGGACGUGCUGAGGGUGGGCUCCUUGGACACCUCCAAGCCACGGUCGGCUGGCAUCCUAAAGAGACCCCAGACCCUGGCCAUCCCGGACACAGCCGGAGGAGGUGGCCCCGACACCAGCAGGAGAAGGAACGUGACCUUCAGUCAACAGGUGGCCAAUAUUUUACUGAAUGGCGUGAAAUACGAGAGUGAGCUGACGGGCCCCAGGGAGCCGUCGGGGCAGCCGCCGUCCAUGAGGCACCUCUGCUUCACCAUCUGCAACAUGCCCAAGGCCCUGCGGCACCUCUGCCUCAACCACUUCCUGGGGUGGCUCUCCUUCGAGGGGAUGCUUCUCUUCUACACGGACUUCAUGGGCGAGGUGGUAUUUCAGGGGGACCCCAAGGCCCCGCACACGUCGGAAGCGUAUCAGAAAUACAACAGCGGGGUCACCGUGGGCUGCUGGGGGAUGUGCAUCUAUGCCUUCAGCGCCGCCUUCUACUCAGCUAUUCUGGAGAAGCUGGAGGAGCACCUCAGUGUCCGCACGCUGUACUUCAUCGCCUACCUGGCCUUCGGCCUGGGGACUGGGCUUGCCACCCUUUCCAGGAACCUCUACGUGGUUCUGUCCCUCUGCAUCACCUACGGGAUUUUGUUUUCCACCCUGUGCACCCUGCCCUACUCGUUGCUGUGCGAUUACUACCAAAGCAAGCAGUUUGCAGGGUCCAGCGCCGACGGCACCCGGCGGGGCAUGGGCGUGGACAUCUCCCUGCUGAGCUGCCAGUACUUCCUGGCCCAGAUCCUGGUGUCCCUGGUGCUAGGGCCUCUGACCUCGGCUGUGGGCAGCGCCAACGGGGUGAUGUACUUCUCCAGCCUGGUGUCCUUCCUGGGCUGCUUGUACUCCUCCCUGUUUGUCGUCUACGAAAUCCCUCCCGGUGACGCUGCCACCGCCGAGGAGCACCGGCCCCUCCUGCUGAAUGUCUGACGUCCAGAGCCGUGGCUUCGGCCUCGAGCCUGGGCCUGGGUCGGGAGCAGGCCGGCCGGCGGAAACCCACAGGGCCCUGGUGGAUGGAGGCGUGACGGGUUUCCUGAUGGGAUGUAAAUAUGUGGUAAAUCAAUAAACGGCAGCAGCAAAGCG